AUGCUUUUACAUACAGUGAAGGGACCAACAUCAUUUGAGGAUUUAAGAACUGUGAAUGGAGAGCUAUGUCAAACAAACAGAGAAGCUUGCCUUAAACUUGGUCUACUGGAAAAUGAUGAUCAUUGGGAUAAGGCAUUGGAAGAAGCAACACUCACAUCGCAUCCACGCCAGAUACGUAAUUUAUUUGCAAUCAUCAUAACAACCUGCGCACCGUCUGAUCCAAAAGGUUUAUGGGAUAAGCAUAAAGAGAGUCUCAGUGAGGACAUUCUACGAAAAACCCGUAUCCUGCAUCCUAAUAUAGAUGUUCAAUUUUCGGAUGAAAUUUUCAACGAGGCACUCAUCUUAUUGGAGGAAAAAUGCAUUUCGAUCAAUAAUAAAACUCUAUUUCAAUUGGGAUUACCAGCACCAAUGUGUAACCGAUCAAAUUUGACGAAUAGAGAUCUCAUGCGUGAAAAACAAUACAACGUAUAUGAGCAACGAGAAUACGUUGAGAACCAUGAGAAAUUAUUGAAUGAAGAUCAAAGACGAGCUUAUGAAAUGGUGAUGCAAAAAAUUGCAAAGGAUAACGGCGGAAUCAUUUUCCUUGAUGCUCCAGGAGGCACAGGCAAAACAUUCCUAUUGAACUUGAUUCUGGCAAAAGUUCGAUCAGAGGAAGACAUAGCGGUCGCUGUUGCAUCAUCAGGAAUAGCGUCAACAUUGCUCAAUGGUGGAAGAACAGCACAUUCAACAUUUAAAUUGCCAUUAAAUUAUAAUCAAAAUGAGACACCCACGUGUAACAUUGGUAAAAAUUCAGCCAUGGCAAAAGUUUUACAAAUGUGUAAAAUAAUUGUUUGGGAUGAAUGUUCAAUGGCACAUAAAAGGUCGUUCGAAGCGUUAGAUCGUACUCUACGUGACUUGAAGGGGAACGAUCAUCCAAUGGGAAAAAUAAUCGUAUUACUAGCAGGCGAUUUUCGACAAAUAUUGCCUGUUAUUCCACGGUCAACGCCUGCAGAUGAAAUAAAUGCCUGCCUAAAAUCAUCAUACCUGUGGCAGCAUGUAGAAAAAAUGCAACUAGAAACAAACAUGCGUAUACACUUAAACAACGAUUCAUCGGCAAAAUCUUCUCUUCAAGAAAUGAUCAAUAGUGUUUAUCCUAAUAUUUCAAAUAACUACAAAAAUCAUGAUUGGUUAUAUGAACGCGCCAUAUUAGCACCGAAAAAUGAUGACGUAAAUCAAAUAAAUCAUCAAAUACUGCAGCGAAUUCCAGAUUCAACAGCAAAAUUCAAAUCCAUUGACACAGUUACGAACGAAUGUGAAAGUGUUAAUUAUCCAAUUGAAUUUUUGAAUUCGUUGGAACCAAUAGGAAUGCCACCACAUGUAUUAUCAUUGAAGACUGGUGCAACUUUAAUGAUCAUAAGAAAUUUGGAUCCACCAAAACUGUGCAAUGGAACUAGAGUUGCAAUCAAAAGUUUGACACAGAAUUUAAUUGUAGCAACGAUAAUGAAUGGAAAACACAAAGGAGAAGAUGUGCUUAUACCCAGAAUUCCAAUUAUAUCUACGGAGUCACCUAUUGAAUUCAAACGUUUACAAUUUCCAGUACGACUGGCCUUCGCUAUGACAAUAAACAAAGCACAGGGCCAAACACUAAAAAUUGCAGGAUUAAAUUUAAGAAAUCCAUGUUUUGCGCAUGGUCAACUAUAUGUUGGAUGUGCACGG